AUGAACAGCACACAAUUAUUCAUUAUUAUAGCAUUCGUAUUUGGCUUUCGUCUCGAUAUCAGCGGGUGUGUAUCGAGCAUAAAGUUUACGAACCUCGAAUGCGUCCCACUCGAUAAACCCUUCGCUGAUUUUCACCACUGCAAACUUAAGGCUUUAUCCCGUGAUAAGGUUGCGCUCUCCCUGCGGGUAAAUCUCUUUCAAGUGCCGGUGAAUAAUGUGAGCUUGAAUGUGGAAAGUUUCAAAAAAUAUAAUGGCUAUCGACCAUACCUCGUAAAUGUCACCACGAAUUUUUGUGAUUUUCUGCGCCACAAAAAACGUCUCGCCUUUUUGGAUAUCAUAUUUCAAUUUUUAGAAAAAUAUUCAAAUAUCAAUCACACCUGCCCAUUUGACCAUGAUAUCAUUGUGGAUAAACUGAUUUUAAUGCCAAAGUACUUUAGCAUGCUACCGGUGCCAGCUGGAGAAUAUCGCUUGAGGAUUGUAGUGGGCGCGUACAAUGACUGGAAAGCGGUUGUCAAUAUAUUCGUGCAAAUUUGGGAAUAAUGAACCAGUGCCGAGUUUAUAAAACAUAUGUAACCACUACUGGAAGCCCAG